AUGCCGCCAUCGCCCUUAUAUCCGCUCGCACGCGCUUGCACAAAAACCUUGACUGCCCAUAAUCGAGCCUUUGUCCCACCCCUCUCCCACCCCUCACUCGUGCCUGUACGUCAGCUACACUCAACGCGCAUCGCCAUGUCCGAGUUCUCGCAAUACACUGCAAAGAGCAGCAAGAGUGUGACGAAUGGAGCGACUCACGAUGGUUCGGCUUGGGGCGGCAAAAAGAACCCGGCUGCCUUUGACUUUCGCUCUGACGUGCACACUACGCCAACCAGGUCUAUGCUGAAGGCUAUCCAGGAGUGCUCUCUGCUUGACGAUGUCAUGAUGGAAGACCCGACGACCAAGUCUCUCGAGCGAUUUGUAUCCGAUCUCACCGGGAAAGAGGACGCACUUCUGGUGCUGUCGGGUACCAUGGGCAACCAGGUUGCACUGCGAGCACAUCUCGCCCAGCCUCCACAUGCCGUUCUCUGCGAUCGGCGAGGUCAUAUCAUCAACUAUGAGGCAGGAGGAGUGGCGACCUUGAGCCAAGCCAUGGUGCAACCGCUCGACGCGAAAAACGGCACAUACCUCACCCUAGAAGACAUCCAAAAUCUCAAAGACUACUGCGCCGAAUUCGACACCAUAAGUCUGUGCAUCAGUAAGGGUCUUGGCGCGCCCAUUGGCAGCAUCAUCGUGGGCACAAAGGCCUUCAUCAAGCGCAGCCGUUGGAUUCGCAAGUCCAUUGGCGGGGGCUUACGCCAGGCUGGUGUUGUCGCUGCCCCCAUGCGUGUCGCCAUCGAAGAGACCUUCCUCGGUGGCAAGCUCACUCAGUCUCAUGAGAACGCGAAGAAGAUUGCCAAGAUUUGGACUGAUCUUGGGGGUAAGCUGCAGUACCCUGUAGACACCAACAUGGUGUGGCUAGAUCUUGAAGCUCAUGAGGUUAAUAUCAACAACUUCAUCGAGCUAGGGGAGAAGUACGGCGUAACAAUACGCGGUGGUCGCCUUGUCGUGCACUACCAAAUUGGGGAAGAGGCGAUUGAAGCGUUGCGCAAGGUCUUCACUGAGACCCUAACGGGUAAAGAGUCAGAGGGAAAACUGGCUGAAGCCCCGCAUGACCCCGAAGACCUAAAGCUGAAGGGCAAAGGCGUGGAGUAG